UUCUUAGCGAUACGAAUUUAUAGAUUUGUUUUUAAUAUACUAAAAGCUUUCAAACAGCCAGGCGGUGUAGGCGCUCCCUUUGUUUGUUUGGCUGCACGGGAGCGCGCGUGCGUGCCCACGCCCUUCACAGGUGCGUGCAAUGACCUCAUCCGUCAGGAGCACAGGACGACUGCAGGAAAUGUUCAAUAUGAGCAAUUCAAUGAAGAAAGCGGAAGACAUGGAUGAUUUUUUUAAAACGGUGGAUGAAGUAAGAAGCCUCAUAGAAAAAAUCUCCAGCCAAGCAGAGGAAAUGGAAAGAAGACACAGCUGCAUCCUCUCAUCUUCAAACAGCAGCAAGAGAGGUAAAGAUGAGCUGGAGCUGCUGAACAAGGAGACCAGAGAGAACGCCAACUUGGUCCGAUCCAAGUUAAAACUAAUGCAGAAAAACUGUCCAUCAGAUGAAACCAGAGCUAAUAACUCAGUAAUCCAUCGAAUUCAAAGGAAUCAGCAUUCACACCUGACUCGCUGGUUUUCUGACGUCAUGAAGAACUACCAUAACAUCCAGGUUUCCUUCAGAGAGAAAUGCAAGGCACAAAUUCAGAGACAGCUGGAAAUUGUGGAUAAAGUCACUACAGAUGAUGACCUGGAGGAUUUGCUGCAACGGGAUAAUCUUGCAAUCUUCAUAUCUAACAUUCACUCCGAUGCCCACUUUUCAAGUCAGGCGCUUACUGAGAUUGAAAGACGUCAUCAGGACAUCAUCAGUCUUGAAUGCAGCAUUAAAGAGCUACAAGAGAUAUUAACAGACACAGCUAUGCUGUUGGAGAUUCAGGGGGAGAUGAUCAACAACAUAGAAAAGAAUGUCACCAGUGCUGGAGAAUAUGUAGAUGUGUCAAAAGAGGAAACCCAUAAAGCACUUGAAUAUAAAAAAAAUCGUUAUAAGAUUGCAUCUCUGCCAAGCUUCCUAAAGCCCUUUAGGAGACAAGCCAGUACUAAAUCUGCUACAGAUGAAGACUCUUCUGAAGACUGCAUCAAACGUGCCUAAUCUGCAUUGAAACUUGGAAAAUUAUUUUUAUUUAUUCUUUUACCUCUCUUUGACAUUCUUAAAGAAAUGAUUGUUUUUAAGAAUAGAAUAAUGACUUCCCUAAAUUAAACUUUAAAUACAUUAAUAAAAUGAGUUGUUAAGAAUUU